AUGAGGCCGAGUCGCAAAUGCCGUGUAACCGCUUCGAGGGCUAAGGGCAAGAUAUUCAAAGCUCGCGUGAGUGCAUCGAGAAGGCCGGGAGAGGGCGCCACGACGCGGGACCGCGUUGGGCAUGUGCUAAACAACUGCAAAUAUGGCGCGUCGAACGCGAUGACCAGUGCGUGCUUGUGCCACUGGUACGCUCAUCGACUGGAGCGUAUCACUGCACUGCGUACAUCCAAUCAUAUGCCUUCCACCGCCAAGAAUGCGAACGCCUCAAAGAAACCUCGCUCAACGAAGCGAAUUGCUGCGUCGACGAGAAAUGCUGCACCGGUGAGAACUGGUGAGCUGAAGGAGAUUGCAGCACAAAGGAAGAUUUUGACAGCGAAGAAAGCGAAUACACGUACAGCUUCGAAAAAAUCUUUCCGAAAGGGCAUUCUGAAACAACCGAUAGCAAUAUCCGAAGGUAUCCAUGAUCAACACAGUGCUACACCAACGAACACAGACUGUUCCGAUAUUGAACGAUGUCUUUUGACCCUCGAGCUACCCACGAAGGCGGCAGUGAAACCCUGUUAUGUAUUGAACGAGCAUCUUUGGAGGAACAAUAAACUGCUCGCACGCCUGGAAUGGUGGUGGGGUAUGAAAUAUGACUCGCUUGAGCUUGAUGGUGCAUCAAACAGAAUCUAUUUGCGCGAUGACUGGCUGGAGUCAUUUGACAGUGGGCGGUGGUUGCUGCUCCCUUCCUUUGACGUCCUGGACAAGAUAUGGACACAGUGCACAGAUAACUCCAUGUUGCCCGAAAACGCGAACAGAGCGCCACUUGAGCAGAUCUAUGAUGGCGCAGAAACAUUUGAGUAUCGACUGCUGCCGCUGGACAACACUAUCUCCUCUAUCACUCGCUUCGAUCGACCAGCUCGAUCUACCAAUCCCAGGUCAAAAAAAACGCCAGCAUCCUCUUGCUAUUCCUAUCCUUUUGACAAGCUGCCCACCCUUGUCUCGCAUGUCAAGCCCCAUUUUGUGAUUUGUGAUGCGGGGCCAAAGUUAGCCCAUCGAGAAUUAGAGGUUCUGACUCCGAUCGCCUGCGCGAUUUCUGGUCUUCCCGAGACUGCAGCUGCUUACAUGCUGGAAAUCAUGCGGGACGCGUACUAUACCUGGUGUCAGCAAGCUCCCAAAUCAAUGCCAUAG